AUGGUCAAGAAGAACGACUUAACCCCAGUGAAGGGCGAGCCUUUGGAGUCGAUUGACCCCGAGGCCACCGAAGAAGUGAAGUUGGACUCGGACGAGGAUACGGUCAAGGCCGAAUCGAAGGCUAAAGCCCCUGAAUCCAAAACCGCCGCCGCCGACAAACUGGCGGACAAGGCUACGGACAAGGCCAAUGACUUUAAGGAUGACAAGGAGAAGGCUAAGGACGACAAUGCUGACAAGGACAAGGCCACAGUUGUCACUAAGGACAAGGAAACUGACACUAAGGCCGCCGCUGAAAAGGCGACGACUGAGGAAGUCAAGGCUUCUGACAAAGCUUCUGACAGGGAAUCCAAGCCUAAGGAAAAGGAAGAAGCCGCCGCUGCUUCUGAAAAGUCGCAAAAGGCCGAACUGAACGAAGAAGACGCGCCCCCAAUGCCUAAGCGUCCCGUUGACCCCGUUCAGCAACUUAAGGACGAGCUCCUGCUGGCGUUCCCGGACGCCGACUCUAAGUUGGUGACCACGGUGCUUGUGGCGUCGCAGGGUAACUUGGAACACGCGUUCUCGGCGCUUCUCUACUACUUUGAUCCUCUGAAUCCGGCCGACAUCCCCGUACCGGCGCCUGCUGCGCUGGCGGGCAAGGCUGCGGGCCAGGUGCCUGCAGGGCUGUUGGCGGCAGGGGCCAAGUACGGGCUGUUGACUGAAGACGAGAUCUUGGCUCGUAAGUUGCAACAGCAAUUCGAGGAAGAGGACCGCCAAGCUCGCCAACAACGCCGGUCGAGACGCCUGCAGCAACAGCAACCUCGUCAACGUCCUCCUCGUGAACAGUACGACUACGACGACGACUCGUACGACGAGAUUGAGCAAAUAAAGGAAACUUUCACCCAAGGGUUCGAAGAAGCCAAGACCACCAUCAACGGGUGGAUGCUGGGUCUCUCCAAGAAGCUCGAGGAAUUCAGCCAGGGCGACGAGCCCCAGGACUCCCGCCAACAAUACCAGGGCCCGUUGUUCGGGGCGUUGGGUGGUUCGGCGGGCAACGACACCCGCACGCUGAAGCGCGAAGGCAACCGGGUCCAGUUUGACGAGGACCCCGUGCAGAUCACCGAGCUGCAUUUGCCGCUGAUUCGCAUGAACAACAACGACAAGAUGGAAAAGCAGCCCACCACUGCUGCUGGUGCCGCCGCUGCUUCUGCCGCCAGCGACAAGAAGUGGCAACCUUUGGACGCUAACAGCGACAAGUUCCAGGUCGACCUGGAUGAGGACUAA